UGCUAAGCGCACAAUCCAGUGCUGGAAAGUGAUAAUUUGUGGACUGAAAGUGAGAAAUUUGUUCACAAGUCCAAGAAUAAUAGUUGACAUGAAGUAAAAUAGUUGCAGAAAAGUGAUGGACAAAAGUUAAGCAGGUGGUUAUUGGUGGCAAAAAUGUGGGGUUAAAAUCAAUUGAGCAUAAAUCGUCAAAAUCAGCUAAUGCGCAAAAAAAUGCUCAAUAGUGCGAGACACAGCGGUGAAGUUUAGGGCGAAAUUUUAUGCAAAUUUAGGAGUGCCAGUUAGUUGGACGUCAAGUACUUGCUAUAGUUCAUCCUAAAUAAUGAUCGUGAAGAUCACAACAACAACUUGACUACAGCUCAUAAUAAAAUAAUUAUAUAUUUUUUAUCGUAGUUUUAUACAGACUGCUGGUUUUUGAAGAUUGACGCAUCGGCCCGAUGAAAAUGACGAUGAAGGCAGAGCUGGAGCGCUGCACGUCACCGCAGGACUGCGCGGGCUGCGGCAAGCGCAUCGCUGAGAGGUACUUGCUGAAGGCGCUGGAGCUGUACUGGCACGAGGACUGCCUGAAGUGUGGUUGCUGCGACUGUCGUCUGGGGGAGGUCGGCUCAACGCUCUUCACUAAAGGCAACCUCAUCCUGUGCAAGCGCGACUAUCUUAGACUGUUCGGCACGACGGGCUACUGCUCCGCGUGUUCAAAGGUUAUCCCGGCGUUCGAGAUGGUGAUGCGUGCGCGCAACAACGUCUAUCAUCUCGAGUGUUUUGCGUGUCAGCAGUGCAAUCAUCGGUUCUGCGUGGGCGACAAGUUCUACCUGUGCGACAACAAGAUUCUGUGCGAGUAUGACUACGAAGAACGUCUCGUCUUCGCCUCCAUGGCCUGCUCGCCCUCGAGCCUCGCGCAGCUCAAGCGACAGAUCGGCGGCCUCGAGAGCCCCAUCCUGGACCCGCUGCCCAGCAAGCGGGGCCACACGGACCACACGAUGGUGACGAUCCCUCCACCACCACCACACGCUCUGCAUCACCAACACCAUCAUCACCACCAUCACCACUCUCACAAUAUUCACCAUCAGCAGCCAUUGCAACACCACCAUCAGUCACCACUACAACCUCACCACACCACCACCAUCAAUAACAGCAGCGAAGCACACAGCAGUUCCGGCAAUCAUUUGCAGCAAUCUUCACCUCAACUGUCAGGUUCUCUGGCAUCUCUUCAUUCUUCAGGCCAACAAUCUACGGCAAUCAGUCAGCAAUUAGCACAAAUGAAUCAGCAAUCGUCACAAAUUAACCAGCAAUCUCCGCAAAUUAACCAGCAAUCGCCUCAAAUGAAUCAUCAAUCGUCGCAAAUCAACCAGCAAUCUUCGCAAAUGAAUCAGCAAUCUUCCCAACUGAAUAAGCAAUCUUCGCAAAUGAACCAGCAAUCGUCGCAAUUAGCCCAGCAAUCACCACAGUUAGGCCAGCAAUCUCCCCAAGUUCCAGCCAGCCUGGGUCUGUGCUCGGCUGCGCUCCCGCACAGCAUCACCGCCUGA